UUUUUCUUUAGGGUAUAGUAAAAAGCUAUUUUAUUUUUCUUGAUGUUUUCACAGGUGCUGGAGAAAAUCUGGAAAACACAAUGGCAGCUUUUCAACAUGCAGUUAAUGUGGGGACCGAUAUGUUGGAGCUAGACUGUCAUCUGACGAAAGAUGAACAAGUAGUGGUAUCACAUGAUGAGAACCUGAAGAGAGCAACUGGAGCAGAUGUCAGUAUAUCUGACCUCAAGUACUCGGAUCUCCCACCAUAUCUCUGCAAAUUGGAUGUCACAUUUCAGAAAGAAUGCCACUGUGAGGGUGAAGACAAUCGCAUUCCACUGCUGAAGGAGGUGUUUGAAGCAUUUCCGACCACGCCAGUCAAUAUUGACAUUAAAGUGAAUAAUGAUGUGCUGAUUAAAAAGGUUUCAGAAUUGGUGAGCCAGUACAAACGAGAACAUUUGACAGUGUGGGGCAAUGUCAAUUAUGAGAUUGUGAAGAAGUGUCAUAAAGAGAAUGCUGAUAUUCCUAUCCUUUUCUGUUUGCAACGGGUCCUGCUGCUUGUUGGCUUAUUUUACACUGGUCUGCUGCCAUUCAUUCCCAUCAGGGAGGAAUUCUUAGAAAUUCCGAUGCCUUCAAUCAUCCUGAAGCUGAAAGAACCAGAGAAGAUGACAAGAAGCCAGAAAUUGGUUAUCUGGCUUGCUGAUGUGUUGUUAAUGAGGAAGGCAUUAUUUGAUCACCUCACUGCUCGAGGCAUUCAGGUGUAUAUUUGGGUACUAAAUGAAGAACAAGAAUAUAAGAGAGCAUUUGAUUUGGGAGCCACUGGAGUGAUGACAGACUAUCCAACAAAGCUUAAGAAGUUUUUACAUACUUAUCCAGCAUAAAGGGAGGUUGGAAUCAAGCAAGACCCUACAAAGUGGACAGAGUGAGCCAAGGAUUUCAUUCCUUCAUCAGAGUUUUUCAGCGCCAUAUGCAUAAAUCACUUGCCCAAUGGUGAAAGAUGUAAUCAGCUGGGUUAUAUUACCUCAUUCUUAAAUCAUUACAUGAUGUAGAGAUUGUAUACAGUUUUAUUUAUUUAAAAUUUGAAUUGCAUAGUUUACAUUUGUAAAUAGGUUGUUUAGCAAUAGUCUGCUAUACUAAUGGUAAUGUAUAGAAAGAAAGCUGUUGGUAAGUCUGCUUUUCAAUACACAGUAUUUUACCUAUCACAAGUUCCCAUAGCCAGACAUCAAGAAAUAGCAUUUGAAAACUAUUCCAAUCAAAUGUUGUUGGGUAGAGGUUAAUAGCUGGCAAUACAUCAUUAUAUUUACAUCUCAUUGAUAGACUUGGCUGUUGAUUUCCAGGUCAUCUGCACUGAGGAAAAGAAACUAAUGCACAGAAAGUGAGAAGUUGGAUCUGUAGAUAUCUGGACAGAUUAUCCUGCAAAAUUUAGUGAGUAAAGGUAGUAACUUACAGUGCUGUAUUUUGACCAAAACUAAAUUCUUAGACACGUUUACUUAAUUACUUUUAUUAAUGAGAAUGGUGGGAUUAGUCUCUGGCUGUAAGUGGACCCCUUUUUGGAGUAACAAUUUCAAGUUUAGUCAAUAAAUCAUAGUGUUUAAUUUUAGAAUCUAAACUACGUAUGUUGCCCUGCGUUCUGGAAUUGUCAUAUAGUUAUAUUACUCUUUUUUUAAAAAGUUACUGCUGACAAGGGCUGUAUUUUUUUGUUUUUUGUUUUUUUUUUUUGGCCUAAAUCUGAAUUUAGAAACCAAUUUUACUAUUACAGGUUGAACCUCUCUAGUCCAGCACCCUUGGGACCUGACCACUGCCACACCAGAGAAUUUCCCUGGCCACAGGAGGUUAAUAUUGUCUAGCAACUUUACCAACACUUCCACUGCUUACUGGGAUAUUAGAAAACAUUUAGGGGUGGGUAAAUGCUAAAUAACAGCACAGAACAUUGAGAGCCAGGAUUGAUGGCGGUAAACUAACUUUAUGGGAUCACAGGAAACUUGGCCACCCCCAUGAUAAGUAGAUAUCCAGCUGACUAAAUUCAUGCUGGAUCAUAGAUGUUGCUGGACCAGUGUGCACCGAUUAGAAAAGUUCACCCUGUAUAAAAUUGAAAAAGGUAGUUGUUUCCAGAUUUGUAAUAUACAAAUAUAUGCAAUUUAUAUCUUCAUUAAUUAGUUUAGGCUAAAUUUGAAAGGUGCUAAUGAUGAAAAAUGCACAAAAGGAUUCAUUUCUCAGCUUUCUUUCAGUACAACAUUUUUAAUCAUCUUUUCCACGGAGCACUGUAGUUCUGACUGGAGGAGUACAGUAAGGCUAAUCUGCAAUGAGUAACAGAGCAGCUCACUUGGUAGAUAAUGCCCACUGGUCAAUUUACCAGAAAAGGAAAGUUUCAUUUACCAUUAAUUUAGAAACAGAAUUCAGUUCUGUUUUUAAAAUAAUCUUUAGUGAGAGAAAACUAAUGGUUUUUAAUAUUUUUCACUCCUGUAGUUCCAAAAAGGUUUGGAGAUGGUUUUUUUAAAACUGAACUCUGUCAUUCUGUUGAUGCAUAAUGUGAGCCAAGGACCUCUUGGGGAGAAGUGCUUUUAAUAGAGAAAGAACUACUUUCACACUCUGCCCUAAUUUUGUUGAAUAUACCCGCAUAAAGGUUUAGCAAAGGAGUAUUUGACAGAGACGUUAAUGCACAAUCUCCUUCUCCAUUAGGUUGAUGGAUUGAAAAUCAUAUUUAAUGAAAGGGACCAAAAGGUGAAACCUAAGUAUGGUCUGGGGACUUGGGAACAAUGAAAAAAAUAGCCUUUUCAUCAAGACAAAUUUAUAUUUAUUGUUAUGAACCCAGUACCUGCUGUGUAAAUGUCCCUUAAACAUAUUGACUUAAUUUUGCUAUCUCUUAAAAACAAGAAAAGGAGAAAAACCCACACCACCGUGCAGAUACUUACUUUGACAAUCAGAGUGACAGUAGUACAUAUUGGCUCUUGUCAUCUUUAAGAGGAUCUUUUCCUAGCCAAAAAUAGUAAAUUCAGUAUGCACUAAGUUUAGACCUGUGCACUGAUGAAAUAAUGUUACUAGGAAAAUCCAGGAAAUCCAGAGUAUUGAGUAGAAGAGGAGUCCUUAGAAAAGCACACACUCUCUUCCCAUCAUCACCGGCAAGACUUGCAAGUGCAUGUCAAACAAAGAAUGGAACUGAUGGUUUCUUUUUGUGUGAUUUGGCAUACUACUUUAAUGUUUUUCAUGUAUUUUUGGCUAAUAUUUAGUCUGUUUGAUCUAAACGGCUCAGUCACUUCGGGUAUGUCUACACACAAUUUUUAUUUUGGGAGAAGGAUGCAAAUAGUGCUGUGCAUUUGCAUACUUCCUCCAUUUUUUUUCUGGAAGAUGCUCUUCCAGUAUUUACACGCUGCUGAAUUUCGAAAUAAACCCCUAUUUCGAAAGACCCCUUAUUUCUCCUACAAUGAGGUUUACAGAGGUCUUUUGAAAUAAGGAUUUAUUUAGGAAGUCGGCCACGUGUAG